ACAUACUCUAACCAAAGUGCUUACUUUAAAUUUUUGGAUACAAACUUUGAACUAUGCUAAACUAAAUUUUAACCCAUAUAUCCUUUACCAUGGCGCUCCCAGCGGCGCCUCUAGAUUUUAGUCUAAGCCAAGUACGUGCUACAGGUAUUCAACAAACGUCGCCUGUCCAACUUCAACAAACAACGCAAAUUCAAAAUCAACCUUUGCAACAUCAAACAAAUUUGUUGGCGACUUUAAAAGCAAGUCCCAGAGACGACGGACAUAGCCCGAGUGGGCAGAGACAGAGCGCGGGUAGUGCGUUUAGGAUUGUGACGCCGAAGGGAAAAUUUGAUGGACCUAUAGGUAGUACAUUGGGCUUAACAAAUACAAUCGGACAGCACAAUUCGACAUAUGGUUCCUUAUGUCGAACUUCCUGGUCUGAUAAUCAAAUUUCGGCGCAAAGUAACACGUCGAGCUUUUCACAAUGCACAUCUGAUGUUAAAAAUGAUAGAGGUAUGUAAAAUACAUAAAAUCUUAAAAAACACUGUUCCAAUAUGUCGUUACAAUAAAUACACAAGAUAUAGGUAAUAUAUUAUUACCGUUAUCACCUGCUAAUCAAUUCUGCCACGU